AAGAAGGAUCUUACAAGUUACAACGAGUAGGCCGACCUUAAUUGAAAGAAAUUGAAAAAGUAGUAUAUAUUAGGCAGGUAUGUUUUGUAUAAGCUAUAUUUAAAACGCUUAGAGUCCCAAAAUCUCACUCAAAAUUAGAACUCUUGCCAUCUGAACCAUCAAUCUCUUGGACUCGAAACUAAGAGCCAUGGCAAAUGAUAAGCAACUAAUAAUGCUAGAUUAUUGGGCAAGUAUGUUUUGUAUGAGGGUCAAAAUUGCAUUAGCUGAGAAGGGCAUUACUGAUUAUGAUUGUAGAGUGGAGGAUCUUAUGAAUGAAAAAAAAAGUCCACUAUUGCAAGAAAUGAACCCGGUUCACAAAAAAAUUCCUGUUCUUAUCCACAAUGGUAAACCCAUUUGUGAGUCCAUGAUAAUUGUGGAGUAUAUUGAUGAAGUUUGGAAGGGCGAGUGUAGUUUCUUGCCGUCUGAUCCUUAUCAAAGAUCUCAAUCAAGAUUCUGGGCUGACUAUGUUGAUAAAAAGUUUUAUCUGGCGAGUUUAAAGUUAUGGAAAUCAAAGGAAAGCACGGAAAGAGAGACAGGUAAAACAGAAUUCAUAGAAAGUCUGAAGUGUCUAGAGGAACAACUCGGAGAUAACUGUUAUUUUGGAGGUGAUAGCUUUGGAUUUGUGGACAUUGCACUUGUUCCAUUUUACAGCUGGUUUGGAGCAUAUGAAUGUUGUGGAAAUUUCAGUGUAGAGGCAGAGUGUCCGAAGCUCAUUGCAUGGGCAAAACGGUGUGAGCAAAGAGAAACUGUGAAAAGUUCUCUUCCUGAUAUGCAAAAGCUUUCAGAAUUUAUUUUGGGAAUAAGGAGACAACAUUUGGGAAUCUGAGUGGUUAGAUGUGAUCACAUUUCUAACAACUACUAAUAUAUUAUAUGAAUAAACUUGCAAGACCAUGUAUUCAUCAGUUUAUGGACCAUAUAUUAUAUAUAAGAUGUGUUCUUUUUGUAAA